AUGUGGACCUCAGAACCAUCAUGUGCACAUCAGAACCACCAUGUGGACCUCAGAACCAUCAUGUGCACAUCAGAACCACCAUGUGGACAUCAGAACCACCAUGUGGACAUCAGAACCACCAUGUGGACCUCAGAACCAUCAUGUGCACAUCAGAACCAUCAGGUGGACCUCAGAACCAUCAUGUGCACAUCAGAACCACCAUGUGGACCUCAGAACUACCAUGUGGACCUCAGAACCACCAUGUGGACCUCAGAACCACCAUGUGGACCUCAGAACCACCAUGUGGACCUCAGAAGUACCAGGAGGACUUUAGAUGACACGUGCUGA